GACGUUUUGUUGCAUUUUUUCGAACGUAUAAACGGUGCAAACGGUUUUGCGCAACAUUAAAUGAAACAAAAGCAAAGAUUUCCAAAUUUACAAAGUAUUUUUUGUUCCUUUACACAAUUGUAGAUAAACGGUAAUUCUCACCAUGAAUGAGGACACAUUUUGUGAUUUCAAAAUGUCUUAUCUUGAGGCAAUACAAAAAAUACCAGGUGACACCGCUAGCGAAAAAUUCAGAUGGAUCGGAAAAUUAGCUUCGGACGAGCCAAACGCCAUUGAAAAUCAUGAGAAAGUCUCUCCAGAAUUAUUACCUUUGUUACGAGUAGAAGUCGCUGUGAAACAUAAACGACAUGAGGAUAUAACAUUGGCUCUGAUUUCCAACGUUUCGACAAUCAAAUAUAAGUAUUUGUUACCUAAAGUAGUGAAGAAAGAUCCCACAUUUUUAGUGGACAUAAUAAACAUAUUUUUACUUAAUCAAUCACAAUUGCUUGUGCUGAGUAACACAUGCGCCAAAAUAUUUUUGAGAAAAGCACUACAAUGCGUAAUAGAAAAUCCAAGAUCGUAUCAUAAUAUCUUACCAAAAAGAAUAUUUAACGCAGUAUUAGCGAAGAAAUUUCCGGAUUUAAUAAACAGUCCUAUGUUGCAUAAAUUCUAUAGCAAAGAAAUAUUACACGUUUUAACACAUCAUCCAGAAGACAAAAAUUUCGAGCUGUGUCUUGAAACAUAUAGGAAAGUUUGCAAUGGUGAACCUGUCAACAUCGAAGAUGUAACGCCUUUUGUGUUAAGGGCAUUACCCGCCAAGAAAAGAAUGCAGCUGGCCAGAGAAAAGAUUAACAGUAAUUCUCCUCGUGAAGCGAUCAACUGCAGCACAGCAUGGAUUUGCUACUUUCCUGCUAAAAGAGCGACAUCAGUUAUUAAAUUAAAAUUAAAUCAAACAUCAGAUUUUGACGAUAAAUUUCUUUGCAUAUUGGAAAUGAUAUAUGCAUGUGAAGUUAACAACGACGACUAUGAGUUAUACAAUACCUUGAAAUACAUUAUAGACAAAAGAUACUUGAUAAGCGACAAUGCUGCGAUAGAUGAGCAAAGAUUAAAUAUUAUUACAUUCGUUUCCAAACCAAUGUAUUUGAGUGAAAGAAGUGGUUUUCUUGUAUAUGAUAUGAUACAAAUGUUCUACGAAAAGUAUGGUUAUGUGCACCCAAAUAUACUUUACACUAUGAUGCUACACAGACUCAUUCAUCACAAUUCAAUUGAACAUUUGAUCGAGAUGUUACUAAAAAGCAAUGAUAAGUAUACUAUAAACGUUGUGAGCUAUGCACCCGUGGAAUACUUGCAGUAUUACAAACAGUUUAUUCAAAAAUUUGAAAGAAGAAGAAACCACUCGAGAAUGGAACAAGGAGAUACGAGAGAAGACAAGCAACACAGACUUCUAGCUUCAAUCAAUGAAGAAAAAUCAAGAAGUAGUAAAAUAUAUCUUUUGUGUUGUUUGAUGAUAGGAAUGUAUAAUUUGAGAGAGACCAAAAUAGAGAAAACGAGAAAAAGACGCAAAAUAUAUGAUCCAGAGCUUGUGUCAAUUACGAAAUAUCCUUGGUUUAUGAAUGCAAUAUAUACAAUAAUGCGCCUUAAAAUAAAUUUUCCAUCUCAGAGAGUAGCGCGUAUUCUCUUACACAAGUUUGAACCAGAAUUGUAUCGUAGUUGGUUUCUGCCGAGUACGUCGAAGAACAUCGAGAAUGUUACGUCGGGCGCAGCGCUACGUUUAUUGAAGCAAAAUUCACAGAGUGUACUGGACAAUUGGGAAGAAUAUUUGAUAGACUGCAAAAGGCAUUAUCGUCACAAACACGUGCAACGUUUCGUCAGAGCCACGCGUUGGUACAAAGAUAUUCCUGUUAAGUUUGCUGAGCGUUGUAUAAGUGAUUUAUACGGAGAGAAUAUGAAAGAAAUAUCAUCUGCAUUAAUUAUUUUGAGUCUUUUGCUUGACGGCAAUUCACUGGCAAAAUUGAUAAAUCCACUUAUACUUGCUCGUUUGGAAACAGCAAUGGACAAACACAAGUUUGUGCGCGCCUUACAUUUUAUAACGAAAUUCUCCGAUUCGCCGGAAUCUCUCUAAUUUCUCGGUAAAUUGUGCUAAAGUACAAGAUCGAUCCUCUAUGAUAAUUGAUAUCAUUUACAAAGAAAUUGGCAAAUGUACAGCGUUUGAAAGCAUUGGAUCUAUUCAUAA